CUAACAGUGAACGGUGAGAGUUGUGUCACCUGAACUGAUCUAAGACAAACCUAAUUCCCAUUCUGAAGAUGGCAGCCUCCUGCAGAUAUUUACUGAAACCUUGGACACCGAGUGUGUGUUUCGUGAGAUGGAGUCGCUAUAAUCCGUACUAUCUGGAUCCCGAUCCCAGUAAAGAUGCCCUCACUCAUUCAAAAUCAGACCUCAGUCCUGAAGAGAAAGAGCUGAAUGAACUUAAAACAGUGAGCCCAAUAAAAGCAGCACUGUCAAGUGCCACAAGCUCCCCUUUCAAUGACACUGUGAUAAGUAAGUUCAUCAACACCAUGAUGCAAGAUGGCAAAAAAGUCCUUGCUAGAGGAAUCAUGACACAGACUCUGGAGAACAUAAAGAGAAAACAGGUGGAGAAAUACCACAAAUCUCAUCCAGCCAAGAGAGAAGAGAUUGAGUGUAAUCCAUAUGCCAUCUUCCAUCAGGCCCUGGAGAACUGCAAACCCAUCAUCGGCCUGGCCAGUAUUCAGAAAGGAGGAAAAUUUUACCAGGUUAAUUGUAGAGCCCUGAAUAUUCAUUUUAUGAUAUCUGAGAUAUGAGAUGCUAUACAGACACAUUUGGACCCCUAGUGGUCUUGGCCCAUAUUGAAAAAUAAAUAGACAAAAA